CUCGAUUGAUCGAGCCUGUGCAGACAUGGCGGCGCCCGAGUAAGCCCGGCGGUACUGCAAGGGGGACGGCCGCUGUGGCUCGGGCCCUGCGGGGGUCAGAAGUCGCCAUGCUGAGGGUGGCGUGGAGGGCGUUGUGUUCUAUUCGGACCCAAGCAGUGACCCAGGCCCCAGUCCUUAGGCUGUGGGGCGGAGGAAACGCCAGGCUUCCUUCCGACCAGUGGGGCCUGCAGCCUCGAGCGUUCGUUCUGCCGCCAGGUUUCCUGCAGGCCGCCCGCGGAUAUGCCAUCCAGAAACCAGUCCAGCCUAGACAAGAGGAUGACCCACCCCCUUCCACGCUGCUCAAAGACUACCAGAAUGUCCCUGGGAUUGAGAAGGUUGAUGACGUCGUGAAAAGACUCUUGUCUUUGGAAAUGGCCAACCAGAAGGAGAAACUAAAAAUCAAGAAAGAGCAGUUGAUGAACAAGGUCGUGGCAAACCCUGAGGACACCAGCUCCCUGGAGGCUCGAAUUGUUGCCUUGACAGUCAAGAUCCGCAAUUAUGAAGAACACAUGCAGAAACAUCGAAAGGACAAGGCCCACAAGCGCUAUCUGCUGAUGAGCAUUGACCAGAGGAAGAAGAUGCUCAAAAACCUCCGUAAGACCAACUAUGAUGUCUUUGAGAAGACGUGCAAGGAACUGGGGAUUGAGUACACCUUUCCCCCUCUGUACUACCGACCAGCCCACCGCCGCUGGGUGACCAAGAAGGCUCUGUGCAUUCGGGUCUUCCAGGAGGUUCAAAAGCUGAAAAAGCAAAAACGGGCCUUAAAAGCUGCAGCAGCAGCCCAGAAAAAAGAAGCCCAGAAGAGCCUGGAGAGCCCGUCUGAAGCCAAACCAGAGGCACUCAAAGACAACUAAUAAAUUCUAUUAAAUUA